AAUUUUACCAGCUACGUCUAGUGCAUUCCACCUGUAUGUAGAAGGAGAAUGGACAUUAACACUCCAAUUAAGGUGCAGACUUGCAAAUUUGCAGUAUACUUCUGAUAAUCUGCUUCAAAUGCACACUAUGCGCUAUAAAGUUUGUUCCUCUUGUCAAAAACAAUUGAAGCGCAUAGCAUGUGAGCAGCGCUUCAAUGAUUUUCAAUGAGUUCACCCGCUGUCGAUCAAAUUGUAUUAUGCUCAAUGUUCUUUUCUUAAUGACCGCAGCUAAGUGAUUCCAGUUUUACACCUUCAUCAAAGAAGAAAAUUGUUUUAUACAUAAACGCACGUUUAUGAUUAGGGUUGAUUCGUCAUGUCUCGUCUUCUGAUAGUCUUACUAUGCUGUCUCUUGUGUUAUACUUUAUACAUCGAUGCAAAAGCAAUCAAAGGUCAUAAAUCUAGAAAAGUUGAGAAACUAAAGAAAACAGCAGUAGCGCAUGCAACGCACGAUAAAAAAGAUACGAAAACUCCUGAAGUUAAAAGUGAUGUAAAAUCAGAUGACAUUGACGCAGAUGACGGUGACGAUGACGGCGAUGAUGGGUCUGGUGAUGUACACUCAAGAUCUGGGGGAGUAAGCCCUGUUCCACAAACAGGACUUGAUAUUAGUUCGAAUCCUGAAGCAAUAGCUGCUGCUGGAAAUCUAAGAGAAGUUAUACAUGAUAGUUUAGGGAAAUUGGCUAGAGCUGAAAUACAAAUGCACCAAGCUCUCGUGAAUCAAGCCACGAAAAAAUUUGUGAAACCAUCUGGCAAUCCUCAAAAAGCCUUACGUUGUCCUGCACCAUGCUCUCAAGAAUGUGCUUCAUCAGGAUGUUCACCAAGCUGUUGCAUGUCAAGCAUGCCUAUGCCUCAACCAUUAUAUAUGCCGCAGGUGCAGCAACCUUGUACCCCACCUUCUUGCAUGCCGCAACAACAACAGCAACCAUGCACUCCACCUUCUUGCAUGCCGCAAAUGCCAAUGCCAAUGCCGAUGCAGAUGCCUUGCCAAACUCCUGGAUGCAUGCCACAAAUGCCCAUGCAACAACCAUGCAUGCCACCUAGUUGCAUGCCACAACAACAGGCUCCUCAAAUGCAAUUCAAGGUUCAACUUUUACCACCUCAAAUAGUUCCAAUGCAACAGCCACAACAACAAUGCCCUCCACAAUGUCAGCCACAGUCAUGUCAAAUCGGAUGUCCACAAACAUGUUGUGCCCAACAGCAACAACCUCCUCCACCACCACAAAUGGGAUGCCAGCCACAGUGUGCACAACAGUGUACGCCACAAUGCCCACGACAAUGUUGUGCACCACAAAUGCCAAUGCAACCUCAGAUGAUGCCACAACCUAUGCCUGCUGCACCCAUGCCAAUGCAAGGAGCUUGCCCGCAACUGUGCCAGUCACAAUGUGCGCCUGUUUGUCCAAGAAUGUGUUGUGGUCCAGGCGGUAGAUAAACAAUAUCUUACAACUAAACGUUAAACGCACCUGUUAUUAGAUGCAAACUUAAUAUACGAAUCUUUAACAGACAUAUUUUUAAUUUUUUUUUAUAAUAACUGCAACACGGUAUUUUUUGAGAGUCUCCUACACAUACGCACCAGUUUGAUUUGCAGUUAGUGCAAACUAGUUGAUCAAGUAUUAACUAACAGAAAAUAUAUUAUUGCAUUUUAAAACGCGUUAGAUUGCUAAUAUUUUCGAUUUGCAUAGUUUUAUUUUUUUAACAUAUAUUCACCAACACAAUGUAUAGUGAACGUCUAUGAAUCCAUAAUAUAUGUUCAUAUCACA